AUGAUCAUUGACGGCAGCUCAAGGAAGAGACGCUCUCUAUCCUCUACCCCAGCAGAUCCUAGUGGUGGUGGGGAUGGUAGUGGUAUUGCCAAGUUAUAUGUUGCGCCUGUCCCCAUGAAAGCAACCGAAUACGAUGUUCGUCAAGUGUUUGAAAAAUAUGGUAAUGUGACAGAGAUCACUUUUCCUAAGGAUAAGAUGAGCGGUGAACGAGCAUAUGCUGCCUCUUCUAAUGAAAAUAAUGAAGUUCAAGUUGAUCCACAAUCAUUAGAGUUUCCCAGCGAAGAGAUCGAUGCGUUGAAGGGGAGAUACAUCAAAAGGUUGACUGCUGUGCUUGUGCAUCAUAUUCCUUUGUUUUGGAAAACAGCUAUAUCCGUUUUCAGUGGAAAAUUUGUCAAGAGAAGCUUGAGUGAUGACGCCUCAUCUCCUCCUCUGCCUCUCUCCUCUUUAACAUCUGAGGUGGCUAUAUCAUGUAUGUUGUAUAGGGAGAAUCAGUUGGAGUUGAUGGACAGUUAUGGGAUACUUCAGAGAAGCUGCAAAGGAGUUGAAAGACCUGAGAUAAAGAAUGAAGCAAGAGGCGAAACAGAGAAGAACAAGCGACAACAACAUUUCCACCACGAUCUUAAAAACAUGAUCUCCUCCUUAACCCACAUGGGAGCAGACAAGGCAGGACCAAGUCAAUAUGAAAAAGAGAAGCAGGAGGAUGGCAUAAAAGCCAUAUUUUAA